AUGCCUCUUGUCGUUCCAGGAAUCACCGGCACUUCGGGAGACAAGACCGAGCACUGGACCAACAAGCUUGUUGGCAAGAAGCUGUCAGAUGGCUCCUCGGACGAGACGAGCUUCUGUAAGAAGGAUCUUCCAGAGGAAUGCCGUGUCAUCGAGCCUGGCAUGAUGGUCACCAAGGACUUCAAGCCCGACAGACUCAAUGUCCACCUCAAGGAGGAUGGCACCGUCAGCCACGUCCAGCACGGUUGA